UGGCCAUAUAUCGGUUGGUUGGACAAGCAUCAAGGCUGAAGUAUGACUCUCGGUUUGCUCCUGCUGCCGGUGCUCCUGCUCCUCUCCUCCGCCUCUGUGUCCUCCUCCCCUCUGGCCAAGGACCAGUCAGUGUGUGCCAACACAUUCUGCGGGGCAGGUAGAGAGUGUGUAUCGACUGAGAGAGGGGAACCGGUGUGUCGCUGUGUGCAGCAAUGUGAUGGGUCAGAGCACUGGGUGUGUGGCAGUGAUGACCGUUCCUAUAGGAACCACUGUGAGCUGCAUAGAGAGGCCUGUGUCUCUAAGACAAAGAUACAUCUGUCACACAGAGGACGCUGUCCAGAGAAGCCGACAAAGACGGACGUCAGCCCCAUUGUGUGUUAUCUGACGGAUCGUGAUUGGCUGAGGAACAAAGUCAUCCAUUGGAUACAGGAAGAGGCUGUAUCAGAGCACUGGAGCUCAAACAGGUCCUCAGUUGAUGACCUUCUGCUGAAGUACUUCCAGAUGUACGAUAACGGGGAUUCCCAGCUUGAUUCAAAGGAAUUUAUGAGUUUCCUUAAACACAACGAGACCGCCCUUAAUUUCACACACUCCAAUUAUGUGGAGAAUGACCUGCUGCUGAGGUCUCUGUGUGUGGAUGCUUUAAUUGAGCUUUCAGAUGAGAACGCUGACUGGAAGCUGAGUUUUGCAGAGUUCAUCAACUGUCUCACGCCUACAUACCAACCACCUGAAAGAAAAUGUGCCUUAGAAGAUAAGGUGUUUGAGGAUGGAGCUGAAACUCACAUGGAAUGCAACAAAUGUGUGUGUGCCUGUGGCAGCUGGGUGUGUACUGCUCUGACCUGUGAUGGAGAGCAGCAGGUAGUGGAGAAUGGGAGAGAGGGAGGAGAGGAAGAGGAAAUGACAGAGGAAGAGUGGAGCAGGAGAGUGGCUGAGCUCAAUGCACUGCAGGUGGCAAACACCAUUUAUCAGUAA